CAGCAACAGAAACAGUACAAAGUAGAGGAAGCAAGAUUACUGAAUGCAGUACUAUUGUUUAAUUGUGUGCAUUAACAGUAUCACAACAGUGCAUCAAUAACAACAUUGCUCAUGAACGUCACUGAACUUUUCCAGAGGAAAGGAACAUAUCACACUUCACAAUAGCAGUUUGAUAAAAAGACAAUUUUAUGGUUCAACGUGACUGCUUUCUGUACUAAGCGCCAAUUAUUACACGCAGAGAGAGAUGAAAGCAUUUAUUCUAAGCACAUAAAGAUGAAGAGGAAUCUUUACAAAUUCUGUAUAUUCAUGUAGUGGAAUUUUUCAUUCAUUCUGUGGAAGGAUGUCAAGACUGUAGGGAGGACUACAUAAAGGGCAUAGUGGAUUGCACUCGACAGAGAAGGUUGCUAUAUAGCAGACUCUUUUAAAAAGGAGACGUAUUACCUUGUUUUAUUUUCAGUGAAGGACUUUGAAAAAUGGUGCCAUUUUGAUGUCUGAAAGUAAAAUACUAGUAUUCCUCAUAGGAUAAUUAUUUGUAACUUCUGUCCACACUCCAAAGGAUACUAUUUAGUCGAGGAUUCUUUUUAUCGGUGUUUUUAUGAUAUGAUUUUAAGAUAGAGAAAGUGACACAAAGCAGUAUUGGCAUUAUUGGGCAGGUACUUUUAGAAAUCUAAAGCUUCAGAUACUUGUUGGUAUGAUUACUGCUGUUACAACAGUGAUUUGACAUAAAAAAACACUACAUCAACAUGACUAUGAGAUUAAAGAACAAAUUGACCUUACGGCGGUCAUCGUCCAAGAGUUUGGCCAGCCUCCACAAGGCUCUGGCCAGUUCCCAGUCCAGUCUUGACAACAACCUGACCAGUUCACCUGGAGCCAACAGCAGCGUGUUCACAUAUGUACAGGGUCUGAAUGGCUUUGAAGAACUUAGGAAACACAUCAAACAAGGCAAUGAGUUUAGUCGAGAGGUGGCAGCCAUUGUACAGGAGAGAGCUGAGCUAGAGAGUAGCUAUGCCAAGUCUCUUAGCAAACUGAGUAACAAACUUACCAAGGCAUGUGCCUGUUGUAUAGGCACUAUGGUCUCAGCCUGGGGAACAGCAGCCUCCGAGAUGGAGAGCGAGGCGGAGUUACACAGGGGUUUAGCCACAUCUUUUCAGGAAGAUAUCUACAAGCCUUUGAAAGUUCUGUCAGAAACACAGUAUAAAAUUAGAAAACCUAUUGAAAACAUGGUAGAUAAGGCAGCUAAAGGACUGCUGAACAGGAGAGAAGAGGAGCAAAAGAUGCGAAAGCAUGCCUUCUCCUGCUGUAAAGAGACAGAGAAACUCAGUGAACAGUUACAGGAUGCCAAGGCUGGGAAAAGCAAGCAAAUGUCAGACAAAGAUAUAACAAAGCUUGAAAAGAAAUGCAGGAGUGCUGCCACAUCACUAGCUAAGGCAGACACCGAGUAUCACGACUCUUUCCAGAAAGCAGAGGUGGCCAGACAGGAGUGGGAGGCAGAGGUUUAUAAUGGCAGUUCACAGAUGCAGAAAUUAGAAGAAGAAAGGAUAUCACAAAUGUUAGAAUAUUUACAAAAAUAUCAGAAUAGCUUAGCUGAAAUAGGCCCUAAAUUAAUACAAAUUUGUGAUCGUCUCCGUGAAGCUGUGAUGGUGGUGGAUGUCCAGAGAGACCUGGCCAAAGUGGUUGACCAGAAGGGGACAGGACCACACCAGCCUGAACAGCUGUUAUUUGAAAGCUAUGCAGAAGAUUUUAACAAUACUAUGAACCCAGAGAGAAGACGGAAGGCUUUAACCAACUACUUAUUAUAUUUACAACAAGAUGUAGAACGAGAGAAAAAAGGAAGAGAAGGGGUAGAGAAGUUAUUAGAUGUGUACAAAAAUACGCCCAACUUUGCCGAUCAGGGAGCACUUGAUGAUGCUAAAAGAAAAUUAAAGAACGUGAGUGCUACCCUGAACUUCCUGGAGGCCAGUUAUUACAAGGUGUCCUGUGCCUUAGCACAGCUCAAUGGGAAACCAAAGCCUGACCACAGGUUUGCUCCAUACAUUGAACAAGUCAAAGACAAACAGUCUCUGCAGGAGGUGCAGAUGGCGCCACAUGGCCGUCACAUGUUUCCUCAUUUUCUCCGCAAACUUCUCUCGGACACCCUGAAUGGCCAUGGCCAUGGUCACAAAUUACAUGGUCAGAACUGCAGUGUGUUGCGGCUGCCAGCCUCGAUAGCAAUGGAGGGAGCACCUGACCUUGACCUCUCCUUACAGGGUCACGGCAGGGGGUCUGCAGACGGGGGCCAUGAUGACAGACAUUCCUAUGGAGACUUUGAUGAUGAUGAAUUUGAUGAUUACAAUACCAAUGCCACAGUGUUAUGCACGUGUCAGGCUAUCUAUGAAUACCAAGCCAACAUGAGUGAUGAGCUUACCAUUAGACCAGGUAGUGUGUUAAUUAUUAUAAUUAUUAUUUAAAUUAGUUCAGUGAUUUAUUUAAUACAGAGAAUCUCAUGAGCAUAAUAGAAUCUCAUGCAUUUACAGUAGUUACACAAAAUAUACCACAAACAAGAUGCUGAACUAAAGCAAAAGG